AUGGAUGAUAUUGAGGAACGGCUGCGAAGCCAUGCCCAGGCGUUCGAUGGUCUGCUGUCGUUGAUCCCUGCAAAAUAUUACUAUGGAGAGGAUGGGAGUGACCAAUGGCAACGCAAAAAGCAGACAAAAGAGGAAGCCCGUGAAGCUAAACGAGCGAAACUGGACCCAGAUUCUGCCAAAACAGCCAAGGAUGUCAUGGACGAGAAUGCACGGAAACGCAAAAGGGAAGAAGCACAGAAUGAGUCUGGCUCCUCUGAUGCGGAAGACUUAGGCUCGGAACUUCCCAGAGAGGGACUCCAGAGAGGCGAUGCCAACCUUAAAAAGCAAAAACAAUCUGGAGAGCUGAACCGCGCGGAUAAAACUCCAGCCAAAUCUACCGAAGAUGGCGAGGCUCGAGAGAAAUUGAAGGAAGAUAAGAAGGCACAGAAAAAAGCGAACCAAAAAGAGAAGAAAAAGGCCAAAGAAGCUGCCAAGAAGGAAAAACUGGGCCAGUCAAACAAGGAAAGUCAGACACCUGUGGGUGAAGCAGUACAAACACCAGAGUCGAAGCCCGCCAAUCGCAAAAGUAACGACCAGAAGCCUUCCCUAGAUGCUGGUGAUAGUGAUGACGGAGAGGACGCUGUCGCCGAGGGCCUUUCGCUUGAGUUCAACCCAGAACAGACCGAGCAGUUGUCCUCGUCAUCGCCCAACUCCCCGGACUUUGACACUUCCAAUCCCCAAUCAGGCAGUUCUUCUAUAUCUUCCAUCGUUCCCCCAGCCGAUUCCAGUGAUGCAUCCAAAAAUGCCCCUUCCGAACUCAAACCUCUCAAGACCACACCUGAAGAACUCAAGCAGCGGUUACAGAAACGUCUCGAUGAGCUACGUGCCGCUCGUCAUGCCGACGGCCUGAAUGGCAAGCCCGCUCGGAACCGCCAAGAGCUGAUUGAAGCCCGGCGACAAAAGGCCGAGCAACGCAAGGCUCAUAAGAAGAUGCUGCGACAGAAGGCCAAGGAAGAAGAGCAACGGGCAAAUGACGAAGCCAUGGCCCGACGCUUCUCCCCUGGCGGCUCGGGUUCACUCCUUGCAUCGCCACGCUCCCCGGCCGACUCUAUAAGCUCUAGUAACAACUUUUCGUUUGGCCGUGUUGUCUUCGCAGAUGGCCAGGUCGCAGACCCCAGCCUGUCGACCACACGGGAAGCACACAAGCGCCAUGGUCCUCAAGACGCCGCCGCGGCUCUCAAGUUAGCCGAGGCCAAGAAGGCUCGACUCGAAACCCUGGAUGAGGAGAAGCGGGCCGACAUCGAGGAGAAAGACAUGUGGCUGAAUGCCAAGAAGCGUGCCCACGGAGAACGAGUUCGCGAUGACACUUCACUCCUCAAGAAGGCCUUGAAGCGGAAGGAGUCCGCAAAAAAGAAAUCCGAGCGGGAGUGGAAGGACCGGAUUGAAGCCGUGAAGAGAAGCAAAGACGUGAAGCAGCAGAAACGUGAAGAUAAUCUUCGCAAGCGACGGGAAGAAAAAGGAGGCGGCAAAAAGACCGCUGGAGGCAAGAAGAAAGCCAGACCGGGAUUUGAGGGAAGCCUCAAAACCAAGGUCGGCGGUAAAAAGAAAUGA